CGGUUUACUUCCGGCUUUUCACAGUGGCUUUUUGCCGCUCUCUAGUUUAAGUCUGAAACCAUGAAGCUCGUCACCUGGAAUAUUAACGGCAUCAGGACGUUUAAAAGCGGGAUAAAAAUGGCUCUUGAUAGCCUGGACGCAGAUAUAAUUUGUGUUCAGGAGACAAAAGUCACAAGAGACCUGCUGGAUGAACGGACGGCUAUUGUUGACGGCUACAACUCGUAUUUCAGCUACAGUCGAGGACGCAGCGGUUAUUCAGGUGUUGCGACUUACUGCAGGGAUAGUGCCACUCCUUCUGCUGCUGAAGAGGGACUCACAGGCCUGCUUACCAACCAUGAAGGAGCUGUUGGAUGCUAUGGUGACCACCGUGACUUUUCAAGUGAAGAGCUGCAGCUUUUGGACAAUGAGGGGCGAGCCGUCAUCACGCAGCACAAAAUAAUGGGUCAAGACACAGAGCAGACUGUUACCGUAAUAAAUGUCUACUGCCCACGCGCUGACCCAGACAAGCCGGAGCGAAAGCAGUUCAAGCUGCAGUUCUACAAGCUGCUACAGUGUCGGGCCGAAGCGUUAUUAAAAGGCGGGAGCCAUGUCAUCGUUUUAGGAGAUGUGAAUACUUCUCAUCAGCAGAUAGAUCACUGUGACCCAAGAGAUAUUGAGGAUUUUGCUGAGAAUCCUGGGAGGAAAUGGCUGAAUAGCUUUUUGUACAAUAGCGUCCAAGAAGAGGAAGAGGAGGAACAUCAUAAAAAAUCAGAGACAACAGAUUGUGUCCAAAUGGGAAAAUUUAUAGACAUCUUCCGUUACUUUCACCCAACUCGUACCAACGCCUUCACCUGCUGGUCCACUCUCACUGGAGCCCGACAGACUAACUACGGCACUCGUAUUGAUUAUAUAUUUGCGGACCACCGGCUGGCCCAGGAGCAGUUUUCGGGGGCAGACAUUAUGCCGGAGGUUGAGGGCUCCGAUCACUGUCCCGUUUGGGCGCACCUGAAAUGUUCGCUUCUUCCCUGCUCCAAACCUCCUCCCCUCUGCACUCGCUACCUGCCUGAGUUUGCCGGCAAGCAGCAGAAACUCUCUCGCUUCCUGGUGAAGGUGGACCAGAAGUCGAAGGAAGCUUUACCUGGAUCCCAGGAAGAGGAGGAAAAGAGGGAGAACAUGAACCCGUUUUGUGGCGAUAGUAAAAAACGAUCAUCGGUGUCAGAAUCUGCUGCCCCAAAGGGGAAAAAGUCAAAGACAACAAAUACCCCCUCAAAGCCGCAGGGUAACCUCCUUUCUUUUUUCAAACCCAAACUCACAGAUCUUAAACCAUGUGAAAACACACCUGGUCUGGACCAAUUUACCUCAUCGCACAGCAAGCCAAAGGCAUCCGCAACCGGUGAGCUGCGUUCAGGAACGGGCGGCACGACCGAACACACUGAGCUUGUUGUUGACGCUCCGUCCCAGCUGUGCACCAGCAGCGCCGCAGGAGAAACAGGCAGCGCGGUGAAGGCCAAACAGCCGGCCUCUGGCCUCCCUGAGGGGCAAUCGGAUGUCAAGAAGGGGGCAUCAUCUGUGUUUUGGAAGUCUGUGCUUCACGGGCCGCCCCCGGCCCCCUGCUGCAAGGUGCACAGGGAGCCCUGUGUGCUCCGUACUGUGAGAAAAGACGGCCCAAACAUGGGCAAACAUUUCUUUGUGUGUGGACGGCCUCAGGGACACACUUCCAACCCUGAGGCGCGCUGCAACUUCUUCAUGUGGGUAGAAAAAGGAAAAUAACACGUUUUCUGUUGCGCGACUGUUAAAACUCCAUCACACUCACACGCCUCUUCAUUUCACUGUUUUUAUAGAUUUUUAUUUCGUCUGACUUAAAAAUAAAAUAGUUUUAUAUUCUAUGAGUCCUUUUUUUCUUUUUACUCCCAUGCAAAUAGAAAUAAAUUGUUGAUCUUUAAGGAUAUUUCAAAAUAAAAGGUUACAGAUGUAUAGAUUCCAGCUGUCUAAUAAUAAAUUUUUAGUUUAUUGUUAAUGUUGAGCUGUUUUAACAAAUGUAUGUAUAAAAUAUUCCCUUAAAAUUUGUUUUCUUUUUUAGCUUUUGAGACAUUCUAUAGGUUGAACAAUAAUUGACAUGUUAGAUUAAUUACUGUUUAAAUCUAGCACAACAUUUAGUAUUUCUCACAAUAGUGCAAAGGUGAAGGUAAAAUAUCUCUCACUAUGAUAUAGUCAAAUUAUUGCUCUAAAUUUUAAGCUUAAGCAUUAUAAAAUGAGCUACACUGUAAACUAAUUAGAUGCAAGGAGACAGAAUAUUUAUGCUCUCUUUGCACCAAGAGUGGAAAAGAAACAAUCCCAACUGUGAUUUAAAAAAAUAUAUUUUCAGGUACUUAAAAUUUCAGCGUUUUUGAGAAGUGACACAAUAAUUUCCCACCUCUAUUUGUUGCUAAUAGAUAUAAAAUUUGUCUGCUUUUAAUGUGAACAAAAUGGCUCACAGCUCAGAGAGCUACAACCUUUCAUGCAGCAUGAACUCUCAACAAAUUAACUUAGUUUAUUUUAUUUAUGUUUCUUUUCCAUCGAUCUCACCAAGUUUUUUUUAUGGAUUAUUUCCAUAUCUAGUCAAAAAGCAGUGUGACACUUACAAGAACGUUUCAGUGUAUUUUUAUGAAAUUUGGACUGCAUUUAAUCACCUCCCGUCUAAAAUAUAAAGUUUCCAGACUAAUCUAUGCUGAAUAUUCAAUAUAUUCUUCUUUGUUUAGAGACCCUUUAAAAUACAGUUUGAGAUUAAUUAAGCCGUAAUUUUGUGACAAUGUUUUUUUUGUCAUCAACCCAGCCUUGGAUUGAAACUGGAGACGAAACCACGAUUUCUUAAUUUUUUUUACUAAUGAUGUCCU